AUAUUUUUGUUCCUGGUGCACAAUUGUAUUGUGGCUGCAGAAAAAAUAAAAACAAGCAGUACGUUUUAAGUAUCGACAAGACAGACACAUUAGCGCAGUGCUGAAUAUCGCCGUUCGUCGUAAUCGCCGAAUAAUAAAAAAGAAGCGGCUUGCAGUUGCGCGUGUUGCGCUCAAAUUUUAAAGACUCCAAUACGGCCACGGCAGACAAUUGUGUCCCACACAAUGAACAAUCAACUGAAUCCGGUCACCUAUCGCAAAUUUAACAAUUUGCUCAACAGCGGAGCCGUCACCGUAACUGGUCCCAGCCAACCGCGUAUUCUAAAGACAACGCGCCUCGUAGGCUCAGGGGGUGGAGGCGUGGCCGUUGCAUCCAGCGGUGGCGGCAAUAGCGCUGUGGGCACAACUGCAGCCCAGCAAGCUGCAAGCGAUGCUGAUGCGGGUGGCCAGUCCAUGCGGUGCUACAUUUGCGACGAACGAUGCGAUGCCCAGACGGCCCUCGCCGAGAUGUGUACCACUCACACGGCCACCAAGUUUCCCAAUAAAUUGGCUCAGCUCGUCGGCGAGGGCUUCUUGGUGAUUGUCUGCGGCGAGGACUUUGUCUGCUCGCGAUGCACAAACCUGGUGAACUACUACGACCGCUUGGAAAACGACGUGGAGCGUGUGAAGACCAAUUUGAUUAGUUUGCUGAAUAAAAAGUAUGCAAUCAACGAUGAUGCUUCCGGUGGGGACUCCAGUCCGCCUCUAAAGAUGCAAAAGCUGGCAGCUGGCGGUGCCACCCGUUCGCUGGAAGAGAGUCCUGGCGGGGAUCAGUUACGACCGCGCAAGAUUGUCCAGGGAACGACAGGUCAGCCAAAACUGGCACCCAUCACGUCGCUGAGCAGCACCCCAGGCACACAGACGCAGGUUCAGCGGAAGGCCACUAAGAUCUACAAGUGCACCUCGUGCGACUACAAGACCUCUGACAUGAGGCUAUUCAACACUCACUUUGAGACCUGCAAACAGCAGACUUUCCAGUGCAAGACAUGCCGCAAGAUCUUCCCCCAUUUUGGGGCCAUGAAGCAGCAUAUGGUGCGUGACCAUAGCACAGCCAUGGACAAUACUUGUGCCAUGUGCCAUAUCAAUUUCGUGAACGAGACCAGCCUGCGCAAGCACAUGGAGACCAAUCAUGCCACCAAUGUCCUGGUCACUAGCACCACAACCAUACCAGCAGCUGCUGCACCUGUGACCGCUGCAGCGGCUGCUGCUGCUGCCGCCGCUGCCUCCGAGAGCCAGGGCGUGACCGGCGCUGCUCUGUACACAUGCAAUCAUUGCCAGUUCAAGUCCACAGAUAAGGGAGUCUUCGACGAGCAUAUGCGCAAGCAUGUCAAACCGAAGCCGUUCAAGUGCCGACUGUGCUCGCAGCGAUUCGAGACGCGUGAGGCUGCCACUACCCAUGCCAAGCAGCAUCAGACAAAUUAUUUUAAAUGCGGUACUUGCUCGAUGACCUUCCCCAAGCGUGAGCUGCUCGUGAAGCACUUUGAUGUCCAUCAGAAUCAGGGCGGUGGCGGGUCCUCAAAGGUGGCCGCUGUCAGCAGCCCCAACCUGAACACUCAAAAGCUGCUCCAGGAAACCAUCGAUGAGGCAUUGAGCGACAGCGUGCCAGCCUCGGGAUCUGCUGCCGGCGGCGAGGGGGAAAACAACAUUCGAUUCUUCUCCUGCAGCAUCUGCUCGCUAACCUUCAUCCAGGAGACAUACUACAAUCAUCAUAUGGAGACCCACAGACGGGACAAGAAGGGACCCGGAGCUGGAGGAGCCGCGGCCCUCAAUUCGGCUGCCACCGCUUUGCUUAGCGACGAGCCAGGCGAUAGCGGCGGCAAGGCCGAUGAUGGAAGCGAGCAGAACGCCGAGGCCGAUAUUGAGAGCCUAUUUGAGAAGCUUCACUCGGACAAGAACGAGAGCGGUGAGGCCCCGAAGACCAGCAAGACCGGGGAAAUGGUCAUCACCUCCCAGGAGGGAAGCGGUGGCAUCACCUUCAACAUAACCAUCCCUCAGCCGGAUGGUGACCAUUCGCAGGACUCUGCGAAUGCCAGUGCCCCUAGUAUGCCCAUUGAUAUGCCUAAUCUAGACCAGGCCGAAGACGAAUCCCAAUCCCAGAGCAGCGUUGACGCCAAGGCCAACAGUGGCGCCAACGCCUCCAAGGCUGACGGCAAGUCCCAUGCCGCUGCUCCCGUUUCCAUGCCCAGCCUCGAUGAUGACAACGAGGCAGCCGCCGCAGAAGAAAACCCCGAAGAGGGAAAGUCUGGUGGUAAAGCCAGCGAAAAGACAAAAACAGAGGAGAGCGCAAAGGAGAAGGGGGCUGCUGGCUCAGAUGAAGCCCAUCCCUCUGAGGAAGGAGAGGCCGCAGAGAAACGGGAAGCCACAGACACGCCCACCACCGAGUCGGAGACUGCUGCGGUCACCACGGAAGCCAGUGAAUCGGCGGAUGGCGAGCAUGCUGCCUCUGCAGAGGGCGAGGGAGAGGCCGGCGAAGGCUCUGGAGGGGAGCAGCAGGUGGCCAUGGAGCUGGACGAGGCCAUGCAGGCGCAGGUGGAUGGAAGCCAGAUUAAGUUCAUUGUCAACGAGAACGGCCAUUUGUUGCAGCUGGACAACCACAUUUUGACCGAUGCCGACGGAAACCAGAUAAUUGUCCAGGAUCCCGAGCAGAUCCAGCAGUUGCUGCAGAGCGUUGGAGUAUUGCAGUCCGGCGAGGGCCUAGAGGGCGAAACCCUGCAAAUGAUGAACGACGGCAGUGGUCAGAUGGUUCUGGUCCAUGGCGAUAAUAAUGAACAGCAGCUGAUAGACGCCUCUCUACUGAAUUCCGAGGGUCAAUUGAUCAUCCAGCAGGGACAGGAUGGAGAGGAAGGCGCUCAUGUCAUCAGCGAGGAUGGUACUCGCAUACCCGUUUCCGUGUCCUACACCGAAGAUGGCCAGCCCAUUGUCCACGUGCAGCAGCAAGUGUUGGAGGCUGCACAGCAGGGCGCCGGCGGUGACAGUCCCGACCACAAGGAAGCAGCCGAUACAUCGGCCGGCGAGGAAGUGCAAGUAUCCGAAGCCACUAGCGUUGCAUCCACCACUGUGGUGGCCACAAGUACGGCGAGCGGCACUGGCGGAGCCUCCGGCGGCAGCUUCUUUGGCCUGGAGGAAUUCUCGGAGGCAAAAACAGUCUAGGGUUGGCUCUAGAGGCGGGGCCGUGAAAACUUCAGAAUUCUGGCAUGCGAUGAGGACUGGACUUAACAGAUUCACACGCUGUAAGGGCACAUAGAAUGUUUAUUGAACGGCUCGAGGUCUCUGGAGGACUUUCGCACACAGAAUAGCGAGACAUACACAUCCAACAUGUCUAACCAAAACCCUAUUUUACAGAUGACAGAAACACACAUACGAACCACACCUAUAAAACAUAUUUACAUUUAGCAUAUGUAUUUACACUCCAGUAAACUAUACAACUUCUUAUUCUCCCUCCUGUCUGAUUGGACCCUGCCCUUGCGUGCGUCCGGGGCGAGCAGGAAAAACCAGGAAUACUAAUCUAAAUAAUUAAAUCAAUCAAUCAAAUUGUUCGUUCAGCCCGUUUCCGUU